CGAGCUGUCAACUGAUAGAAAAGAUCAGAGAUAGAACAGGUUCAACAGAAACCAGAGAGCGAGAGGAAGGGGGAAAGGAGCAAAACUAGGGUUUCGACUUUCGAUCUCUCUGUGAUUGUAUACUUUUCGGAUAAAUGUUACUAUUCUGUUUGGUGAUUUCGAGGACGAGAUCACCAUUGCGCCUUGGAGGAACUCUCCGUUAGUCCCGGUUUCAGCUUGAACAUCGCCGGGUUCAAGCAUUCAUUUUUUGCUUCGAUCUUCGCAUCUCGUUCGAAGUUCUUUGGAACGAGCCAAAGAGGAAGUAGCGUGUUUUGCUACCUGGAUUUGGGCAGUUUUUAGGGAGGGAAUGAUUUGAGGACCUCAAGGGUUCCGUUUCUAAGAAGAAACGCGAAAGUUUUGAUUUUUUAUAUUUAUGGGUUGUCUUUACGAGUUCGUUCCGAGGAUUUUAGGAUUGUCUUGAUCAGUAGCAUCGAGAGAACUAGUUUUCGUAUCUCUUUCCUGGUUUGUUGAAGGAUAUUCGUGUUUGAGCUCUUCCUUGGUUUCUUCCAUUCAGUUCUGUUCAAUAUAUUUUUAGCUUUUGAGGUUCUUUUUACGGUGAAGCUGCGUUUGCUUAUUUUGAGAAAAAAAGGUAGGUCUUUAUUAGUUCUAACGAGUUGGAUUUAUAGACUUUUUAGGCCGAUAUUUUUUUGGGGGAUCGGAUAAAUCCUUAGAAACUCUUAUUGUUUCAUUUAUGAUGGUUUGAUUAUUUCGCUUUUUGGUUUAGAGUUUUCUAAAUACAGGUUUUUUUGCUGCUCUACGGUCAUCUCUGUUUUUUCCAUCCAUCUUGUCUAUUCCUGCCUCGAUUUAUAUGUUAGAUCAUCCCAUUUGUUCAUUAGUUGUUUCCACCUAAUUUGUUUGCUUCAAACAAGCUGGAAUUAUUUACAUUCUUUCUCAAUAAAUCCUUGUUCUCGGGCUUCCCGUUCCGAAUCGCUUCAUAGCUUUGCCAGUUUUUUGUUUUCUUUGCACCCCACUGGCUCCGUAAAAUGGCUGUAGCCUUCACUCGGUUUUCUUGGUGGUUGUGGGGUGGGAAGGAUCAUGAGCCCACUGUAUCUUCUGGCUCUUCUCUGAAUUCUUCAUCUGAUUUGGGGAUGCGGGAACCGGAUUCGGUGAAGUUCCCCUCUGUUAUGGGCGGAAAGAUACCAUCCACACCGAGGAGGACUAAACGGAAAUGGCACAGCCGAGAAGAACGGAGAAUUGACAGGGAAUAUGACGUGGUUUUGGUUCCAUCCGAUGGUGGAUGCUUGUCGGGAUCUGAAUCAGACGAUUCAGACUGGUCUAUUGGGUGGUUGGAGCCACAUGCCCCUGAUUUCCUGAGUGACGAUGAAGCAGAGAGCAGCUUUGCUGUCCUUGUUCCCUGCUAUGGACGUGGUCGUAGUAAGGAGAUAGUGGACAAUUCAAAGAAUCAGAUUUUGGGUGCUCUGGUGAACCUUCCUAACGGGUAUUCUGCUGAUGGCAAAAAGUAUAUAGAACAGUGGCUUUCUUCCCUACAAAACAACUGAGAUCAAGGGAUAUCAGAUUGGCCCUAUGCUUCUGCUGCUGCUACUACCACUAUUUAGCUUGAGGACUAUCUUGUUUAGAUGAAAGAAAAUAUAUAAAAAGAGGAGCAGAAAGUAGUAAAGAACGGGGAGAGUAGCUUAUCAGAUCAGCUGGUUUUGUGAAUGGAAGCUUGGGAGGAUGCCCAGUGCCCACCGAAGGGGGGGAAAAAGGAAGAUUGGAAGGAUCAGCUUUUGUGGAGACAGCAAUUCACGAGGGCAUGAAAACGGAAACAAAGUGGCGAACAUGGGAGAGUCUCUCAGGGCAUCACGCCCCAAUUUCCUCAUUUGAUGUCUUCUGCUCCUGCAUCCUGCCUUGCUCUCUUUUCAAAAGGGGGGACAUAAAUGGUGAAAGGAUGUUUUCUUUUUCUUUUUUUCUGUAUAUACAUGCAAAUUCUUUAAUGUAAAUAGCCAUGUUGUACAUAUGAAAACUUAUUAUUACUGUAAAUAAUACAAACUUCUUUUUUGUUUAUGA